AUGGAAAAGGUUGAGAAUCUUGUUGAGCUUCGUGAAGCUCAAGACUAUGCAGGGAGCCAAAUAUUCAACUUCAGAAAAUGUGCAUCUCUAAAAUGUGCAAUUGAAUUGGGAAUCCCAGAUGUCAUUGCUCAACAUGGGAAGCCCAUCACGCUUUCUGGCCUCAUUUCUGCCCUCCCAAUCAACCCUUCUAAAUCUAUCCACAUCCAUCGCUUAAUGCGAUUCUUAUCAAAUGCUGGCUUCUUUGUCCGGCAAAAUGAAGGUUAUUCGCUCUCUACUACAGGCCGUCUUCUUUUAAAGAAUGAGCCUUUCAAUAUGAGGGCAUUUCUAUAUUAUGUGAGCGAUCCUAUUGCACUGAAGCCCUGGAAUUUCUUGACUGAGUGGUUCAAGAACGAUGAUCCCUCUCCAUUUGAUACAGCACAUGGGAAAAACUUCUGGUCUUAUGCUGCUGCAGAACCUCAAUUUGGGAAAAUCUUUAAUGAAGCCAUGGCUGGUGACUCUAGUUUAAUCGUUGAGGUGGUGAUGACCCAAUGCAAGUCUGUGUUUGAGGACCUGACAUCUUUAGUUGAUGUUGGAGGAGGCACUGGUGAAUUUGUUAAGGCCAUUGCCCAAAAUUUUCCCAACUUAGAAUGUCUUGUAUGUGAUCUCCCACAUGUGGUGUCCAACCAACAGAGAACUGAGAACUUGGACUUUGUUGCAGGGAAUAUGCUAGAGAUGGUACCUCCUGAUAAUGCAAUCUUACUCAAGUUCAACGGUGAAGAAUGGCUAAUAGGGAAAGAAUAUACUUACCAGUAUAAUUCCUUUGAUCAUUUGGAGAGUUGA